AUGCAGGCCGCCUCACCUGAAGCAAUGGAUCACUUUCGUGGCUUUGUGCUCUAUCACACGUAUCCGCGUCUGGAUGUGAAUGUCUCAACGGCCACGAAUCAUUUAUUGAAAAGUCCAUUUUGUAUUCAUCCAAAGACGGGACGAGUUGCCGUCCCGAUAACACCCGAACAAAUGGCACGCAUUGAUCUCGAGAACCUACCGCGAAUUGAGUAUGUUGAUCACGAUCAGUUAUUAACGCAAUUGAUGUUUCGAACGGAUAAAUGA